ACCUGUGCGCCAAAACGCCGAUAAUUCCUCACCUGGAGCGUCUGCGAUGGAGAAAAUCAGAUGAGAUAUGAUGAGGAUAUUUUUUUUCUGUGCACUUUUUUCGACGAAAAGCAGCAGCAGAGCUGAGCCGACGCUAAGUUUCUCCAACCAAGGUGCUUUUAUUCCAAAAAGAAAAUAACAACAGCGGCAGCUCAACAGUUUUUUUCAAUGCAUCGCCAUCCCAUCAUGUGGUAAUAUUCUCAGCGUCACCCAAAAGAUAGUGAACAACACUUUCAUCAACAGUCUUGCACCUGCACCAGCUGCUCACAUGGCCCACCCUUACGAGCCUUGGCUACGGACAGCACCACCUAGUGGCAGCUCAGAAGACAUGAACAUCCCCUCCUGGUGGGACCUCCACAGGGACGUCCAACCCGGGAGCUGGAUAGACCUGCAGACGGGGCAGGGUGUCGGCUUGCCUUCGGUGAGUCCAGGGAGCUCCAUGGGGUUGCAGUCCUCUUUAGGCCCUUACGGCUCUGACCCUCAGCUGUGCACCCUGCCUCCAGCUCAGCAUGCUCCAGCCUCGCACUCGUCCCACCUCUUCCCCCAGGACGGCUUCAAAAUGGAGCCGCUGGCCCCUGAGAUGCUGCAGCAGGGAGAACCGUUCUCCCUGGAGGAACCACAGGAGAACGUUGUCUCAGCUCGCCCCAAGCCCCAGCGCCGCUCCUCCUCCAGAGGUGCUGGCCAGGCUGUGUGUCGCUGCCCUAACUGCGUCCAUGCUGAACAGCUGGGCCAAAGCACCGACGACAGCAGGAGGAAGCACAUGCACAACUGCCACAUCCCUGGCUGUGGCAAAGCCUACGCCAAGACCUCCCACCUGAAGGCUCACCUACGAUGGCACAGCGGGGACCGGCCAUUUGUCUGCAACUGGCUCUUCUGUGGCAAGAGAUUCACACGCUCUGAUGAACUGCAGCGCCACCUACAGACACACACUGGCGCUAAGAAGUUCAGCUGCGCACUAUGUCCGAGGGUGUUCAUGCGCAAUGACCACCUGGCCAAGCACAUGCGCACACACGAGUCACCACCAGGACAUGGGGAGGAGAGGGUAAAUGGAGACGGGAGGAUGGAUAAGGGCUUUGAUGCACCUACGCCUCCUCAGUCGUCCUCAAAUGUGUCUGCGUCUGACACCGCAGAGCCUCCGCUGAAGCUGAAAUGUGAGACAGACCCCUCAGUCUCCAGCGUGACAGGACAGUCCGGCUAAUUUCAUCACUUUUGGAAGAAUCUUUUACAGUUAAAGGUUAACCAUUUGUUCCCCUCCCUGCCACAGAGGUGUCAUAGAUUUACGAUAGAAUAGAGAAGAAAAAAAAUUCAGACAAGCUCAUACCGAUCAAAGUCGGAUGGAACAGAAAAUGUUGUCUGUGGUCCUGUGAAUUUAUCAACAGGGAUAACGCAGUGAUAAUCUAAAUGCACACAGAGAAAAAAAAUCUGUGCUGUAGCUAGAACCUUCCCUGUAUACUAAAAGUGAAAGGUGGCUAAGGAGGCAACCAAGCUGAAGCUGCAGCUCGUUGCUGAACUUCCAUUGCUGCUAGAGCCACCACUACCAGCAGACCAGAGACUGGGAUGAGAUCAACUGAAGGUGGCGUGUUAACUUGUUUACAAUGAAAUGAAUCAAAUGUGUUGCUGGAAGAGUUGGAGACUUGUUUGACUUACAAUUUAAUUUACCAACUUCAAAGGCAGCAUAAGCGGAGAAAGGAGACGGUGAUAUUUUGUUUUUGUUUCAGACUGCGGUAGUUGUGAUAAAACACUGGAGUAUAAUGCAGCAUUUGCCAGUGGUCAUUUGGAUGGCUGACAGUUCAUGCCACAAAACUGGUUGUGUGUGUAUGUUGGUAUAUAAGUAAUUAAAAUGGUUCAUAAACAAAAUGAAAGUCCAGCAGCCAUUAAUGCAUUGUCAUGGCAGCAUGCUGUAAUGUUGAUGUAAUGCUGAAACAAUAAUAUAAUAUAAUGUAAAAUGAUAUGAUAUAAUAUAUUAUAUAAAAAAGGAGUUCCAUGCACUUCAAAGGCUACUAUUUAGUAAAAAUAGUGUAAUUUCUGUCACCACCAUCAUUUUGAUGGCAAACCACUCAUUAAUGAGAAUGAUCGUACAGUAGAAGAAUGUGAACACUGAUUCAGGUUACUAGGUGGAUAGAAAUAAUGCAAACAACCGAUGAAAAAGAUAAACUCACAAAUCACGGUUAAUUGAAUCGGCCAGAGCCGCAGAGGACAGUGACACCCUCCAUUCUUGUCAGGUAAGAACAAGAAGAUAAAGUUGAGCACCAUGAUCACCAAAGCUGGACAUGGAGGGAAAAUGCUGCCUGGUCAAAUAAAUCCUGGUUUCUGGGACAACAUGCUCAUGACAGUGAUCAUAUUUGGUAAAAACCUCACUCCACAGAUCCACCGUGUCAACACUACAGGCUGCUGGUACUGAAUUAAACUUCCAGAAACACAGUUUACUCCCAUGGCCUGUAUAGUCCCAAGAUUUAAAGCUGCAGUGAUCAAAUUACUCGCUUGUAGUGAUGAAACACAGAAUUGACACUGAACUCUGCAGCUCCCCACAGUUUCUGGGUCUGAAAAGUGAAGCCAAUGCAGAAGUACCUUCAUUCUUUCUAAUGACCAGCAGGGGGCAACACCACUGGAUGCUAAAAUAAAUCAGAUUACCAAGUCGCUACCACAGCAUAUCCUUAGGUUUUCAGGCAGAUCCAAUCAAGAUAAGAUAGAGGCGUAGCAAUGCGUAUCCUCCACUCUCCCAUCCAAAUAUGCUCACUUGAGGCUCCAAAAAAACAAGAUGGCGUAGGCUAAAAUGCCAAACUCAAGGCAGCAGAACAGUAGUCCACAAACCAAUGGGAGACAUCAUGGUGGCUUCGUCCACUAUUUAUUACACAGUUGAUGAUUUGAGCUCAUUAUUUUGGAUUUCUGGCCCACAGCUGUUAUGGUUCAGUCUCAUUCUCAGCAGCAGGCUGCUGUUUUCAGCAAAAACAUUCUGAUAAAGCUUCUGUUGGCUGAUCGCUCAGCACCAAAUGUCAGAACAACAAAAAUAGCUAGGCUCCCAUCUAGUGAUCAUCGAGGAGCAGACCAAACCAUGCUAAAAGGAGAGCAAAUGUUAUAUUUGUCAAGGGGCCAGAAACACAACUUUGCCAUAAUGUUGCUGAUAUGUUAAUGUUGUACACCUUGUUCUGCUGGUGGCCAAAAAAAAAAAAUGAAUUGAUGCUGCUUUUCAUAUCAUAAACAUGCAACAGAAAAUCUUGAAAGAACUUACCUUGAAUUCAUGCCUCAAAAGGUUCAGGCGGUGGCGGAAGCAGAAGGCUGUCCUACCAAUACCAUCCAGGUGUCCCUCAUUGAAGGGGUUUAUACAAUUCUUCCAAAUAUCAUCAGCUUGAUUGCCAUUUGCAUGUCGGAUCAAGCUUUACUCAAAAUCAUCAACAAAGAAUGUUGAAGGGCUCAUCUCUCAACACAUUUUAUUAACAGCUGUUGGUGUGCCUGUUCGCUGACACUGACAAAUUGUUUAGCAAGACUCUGUUUGAAACAUUGCAAGGAAUUGACUCUGAAUUAGCAUGCAGAGAAAGGCUGUUUAGUAGUCUAGUGAAUGAAAUAAAAUGCAGUUGGAACACCAUGCGCAUCAGAUAAUGUUACUUGUUCUGAAUAGUUAACUUUCAUAAUCAAUAUUUUGUGAUCAAUAGUUCUGUAGCGAGCAGUGUGAGCAUCUUUACAGUUUAAAACACUAUUAGGAUGUAUGUAAACCAUCACAGACAUUAGGCUGAGAUUUCUAUAUAUAGGGAGCUUGCAUUAUUGGAGGCUCAUAAUUGCUGUAUUUAUGUAUAGAAGACAAAAAAUGGAAGACAUUACUUAAACAUUAGUCAAUUAUUGUGUAUUGACUAUUAUUAUUAUUAUUAUUAUUUUGUGUUGAUGUUAUUAUAGAUAGUCUCAUAUGUUGGUCAGUAGAACAAGAUGGACAGCUUUUUUUAAAUUGGUUGCUGUAGUAAAUGUUUUAGUUGACUGUAAUGACAUAGGUUCUAAAACUUUUAAUAAGUUAAAUGUC